AUGAAAAAUGACAAUAUAUCUGAAAGGGAAGCCUUACUUAAAUAUAAAUUAAAUAAUUCGAAAAAGAAACUAGACAGGGGUUGGAAAGAGAAAGUUUUAGCAAUAAUAAAAAAGGGAAAUAAAAAUGACGUACCCCAACAUGGCGUUUCAAGUCAUACAAAUACUAAGAGCACAUCAAUAUUUAAUUUUGGAAAAUUCAAAAUUUUUGGUAGGUCUAAAAAUAUGUACAAAACAAAAUCAAACAAUAGAAAAGAAUCUAGCAUUAAUUCUGACAAUGCAAAAAAAAAUAUGGAAAAAUUUUCAUUAAUAAAACAAAGUUCAUGUGACAACAAACUUAUUAUUAACAGAAGCAUUAGGAAUAAUUUUAACAAAAAAAGUACAAUUAAAAUACCUAAAAAUGACAUUAAGGAAUUUAAAAAGUCUUUAAGUUCCAUAAAAACUAAAGUAGGGACAAGAUAUUUAGAUAAUGACAAAAAAAAUUCUGAACAUUCAACAAAAGGUAAUUAUAAUAAUUCCAACCUAAAUAAUAAUAGUAAUAAACUACAUUUAAUGAAAAGUUUUGAAAAAAACAAAAUAGUUACUCCAUUUAAAGAUUCUAAGAAAAAUAUAAAUAUAACUGAAGACAAACCUUUACUAAAAAACACUGUUAAAAUAGAAAUGAAAAAUUUUCCUAAAAAUUCUAUAAAUAAUAAUAAUUUAAAGAGAAAAGAAUUAAUAGAUUUCAAUAAUAAUGAAAAUGAAGAUUAUGAUAAUGAUAAAUUAAAUUUUUCAUCUGAAAAAACAAUUAAUAAAUUAAAUGAUGAAAAAGCAUCUUUAAAUAAGACUAAAAAUGAAAAAUUCCUUCUAUCAAAAAAAACAAAUAUGAGCAUGGAAUUAAAGAAAACUUAUUCAAAAGAUUUAGAAAAUAGCAAUAUUAAAAUAAAUAAAAUAUGUUGUGAUGUUAAUAAUAAUAAAAAUUCAAAUAUUAUAAAUAAUCUAAAAUUGAAGAAAAACGAUAUAGUUAAAAGAGCAAAUAUGGUCGUAAAAAAACAAAAAAUUACAACAGAUGAGUUAUUGGAUGCAAAUAAUAUAAAAAACUUACGCCGUAUAAAUACAAAAGAAUUAAUGAGUAUGGAUGUUCCAUUUAAGAUAGAUCCUCCUAAUUUAUUUUGCGAAUAUGCUUAUAAUAUAAGUCCUGUGUCACCUAUUGAAGAAAGAAUUGAUAUGAUAUAUUCUAUUUUGAAUAAUCAUAAAAAUGAAAUAAUAACGUUAUUAAAAUUGUGCAUAGAUAAUAACAAACAAUGUUCUGAGAUAUUAAAAAUAAUUUUAGAUGCCUUAAUUGAAGGAGAAGAUUCCAUUGUUUCAAAAUUAAAUAAAAACAAGCCUUUACAGGAUGAAAUAAUUAUGGAAUUGGAACAAGUUUUAGAGUCUGUCAAUGAAGAUUAA